AUGUCCCAUAGUAAUGAUUCAACGUUAGAUGAGAAUCAAGGUAGUAGUGGUGAGAAUCAUCUUUGUUUUCCGUUCAAGUCACCAGUACGCGCAUCCUCUUCUGGAUCGGAACUUUUUAUACCACGUUCAAAAAAUAAGUCAAAUGUUAAGCAACUACCUAAAAAGAAAUCACCAAUACGUGCAAGUACUACAUCCUCGUCAAGUUCUGAUCUCUUCAUACCUCGUCCAGCAAAUAAAUUUGGCGCCUUGAACUCCUGCUCCACAUCGAUCCAUAAUUCUAUGGUGAUGAAACCAGUCGUCAGUCAGUCAAUUAGUUCGCUUCUUGUAUCAGGGAAUUCAGAGAAGGCACCAUUUGGUGGUGAUGAUCCACAUCGUGAGUCAAUGACUUUGGUAAGCGAAACUGUCUCUGAAGAUACUGGAAAUGAAUUAGCUGUUCCGGCGGAGAGGAGAAGUGAAGUAAACGAAGUUACCUAUGUGAUAACUGAUUCAGAGACGAAUUCACCAGGGAAUAAUGACAAUGGCAAAGCAAUGCCAGCGACAGUAUCAGUAUCCAAUGCUCGGGAUGAAACGCUUACACCGAACAAAACGACUUCAGAUGAACAAUGGGUCUAUGCAAAAUGGAAAUUUGAAGGAAAUUAUUAUGCAGGGAAAGCGUACUCCAGUAAAAAUAGCUUACGAUGUCUCGUUCACUUUGAAGAUCAAACAAAAGCAACUGUCAAAGAAUCCGACAUUAUUCAGGUUUAUUUGCUGCCUGUUGGGGCUGAAGUUAGUGCUCAAAUCAAGAAUGAUAAUGAGUAUUGUGGUAAUUGUAUUAUCCAGGCUCACCUGAAUGAUUCCGACUUUCCGUAUGAGAUUUUUUGCCGUACUACAAAUGAAGUUUAUCGCUUACGAAGACGUCAAGUGUCCAUCAGUGAGACGGAGGUGAAAAACUUGAGAUUUCAAAAGCUUCUACCCAGCAAUCCUGUUGAUCGACCGGUUUCACCGCCGCUUUGCGAUUCUAAAGUUUGUGAUGUGAAUAAUUCUGUGGUUAGGAAGUGUGCAAGUCCAGACGUGAGUCUAGUCAACAUAAUCAGUGAGAAACGCAAGUUCAAACCGAAAACUUACAGAUCAAGCUGGAUUACACCAAAACGUUUUGCCACACCUGUGGAGGGAGAUGAUGUGAACCGCAGUGAUGAUGAUGAUGCUAGACAGGCGAAUAGGUUACCCAGUAAGACUGUGGUCCGGUCAACUUCUGCACGUAAAGAGUUCAGAAAGCAGUUGCAACAUCACAAUCACCAUCAACCAUCAUCUUCCCUAUUGCGUAACAGUCGUUCCCGGAGUAGUAGUACUGCAUCUGUCGAAUCAAAAGUGCCUAAUAAUAAUAAUUCGGCUAAGAAGCAGCGUUUAUCCGAUUUAUUCUCCGAUGAUGAUCUUGAAGAAGAGGAUCUAACUCAACCGAUGUUCAAGGAAACUCCUGUUGCAAAAAUGAAUAAUCCUUAACCCUGAAAAAUAGUUAAUUUUAUUAUUUUUUUUCUAUUUUUGUAUUUCUGGCAAGAAAGAGACUUAUGGGUGUAACUAGAUUCACUCUGCAUUCAUUGCUGUUCAU